AUGGCAACCGAGGAGGCCAGCGACUGGGCAGAGGCCCGUGACGAAGGCUUCUUUGCCAUCGAGAACCCCGAGCACGCGCCAGCCGACGCAACAAGCGACGUCUCUAGCGUCGAUAGCGUCGACAGCAGCAGCGAUGCAUCGGUGCUCCACGGCGCAUGCCCCGUCUGCCUCAAACCGCUCGUCGACGGCGUCCUCGUCGCCGCCUGCCUCCACGAGUUUUGCCGCGCGUGCAUACUUCAGUGGGCCGACCACUUGCGCGACCGAGGUGCGCCCGUGCGAUGCCCCAUCUGCCGCGCGCCAUUCGCACAGCUCUAUACGAAUGUCGCGUCCGCCGACGACUACGACGUGGAAGACCUCGCGACGACCGCGCCGUCCCCACGCAGCUUGGCGCGACGACAGCGCGCCCUUAUCUAUCGCCGCGCCUCGGUUUCGGUCGCAGACGCUCGCCGCCGGCAGUGGCCCGCCAUCUACAAGACGAACGACCAGGCCAUGUCCUGGAUACGGCGAGAGCUCGGCGUUGUCCUUGGCGCGACCACUGACACGAGCCUCCUGCAGCAGAUCAUCGCAUCCCAGCUU